UUCGGAAACACUCGAUCAAGAAAUGCCGAUCGUCGCGGUUGGUGACAAGCGCUAUGAACUGUCCGAAGUCCUGGCAAGCGACCGCUUGGACGCUCUCUUCUCGGACGCGUGGACUGGAUCACGGGUGUGGAAUGCAAGCAUCUUCCUCUCGAAGCAUCUCCUGCGUCUGCACGACGAACGUCAGUUCAUCACGACUGCCCUACAGAGCGUGAUUGAACUCGGCAGUGGAUGCGGGCUCAUUGGGCUGGUGGCACGAGACGUCGGUGCAGCCCAUGUGGUGGUGACCGACCAAGCCGAAAUCGUCGACCUCCUCAGUGCAAACGUCGCUCAAAACACCACUGCAUCCUCAGGGACAGGAAAUGUCCAUGCAGCCGAGUUUACAUGGGGAUCCCCGACCUUCCGAAGUUUGUGGAUCGACAACACUCCCUUCGACUACAUUUUAGUGUCUGAUUGUACGUACAGUGAGCAUCGAGUCCAGCUGAAGGGAUGUAUGUACACUGUAGGCAUUAAUCCCAUAUACGGCGUGGACUCGUGGCGGAAUUUGGCGCGCAGCAUUCGAGACCUAGGCAGCUCCACCACCGUCCGUUGGGUCCCUUGAUGUCGAACAACAUGUUUGAUCAGUUCGUGGUAGGUGUGCUAUCUGAGCUACGAAGAGCGAGGCGACAACGCGGCGCUGGCGGACUUCCACGCAUGCAGCCGCGACUACUUGACACAUGAACUGGUGCUUCAAGAAGGCAAGAUCCACUUGUAUCGCAUCACACAAAAGGACCUCCGCGAGAUAUCAAGCAAUUAGAGACGUGCAUUGUUCAUUCAUUGGUUUUGGUUUUAUCGAUCUGAUUGGUUAAAUUUCAUUGAGAAGGUUUUGAUUGGCUAAUAAUGUUGAGCUCGUCUGAAGUAGCCAAUCAAAUCGAUU